CAACUAUUGUCUUUGUCCUGUAUUUAUUUCUUUACUCCCCAUUUCCUUCCAUUUUUUUAUUCCAUGCUUUUCUUCUUCCUUCACUUCUAUAAACAACAUCACAAGAGAGAGAAAACAAAAAUCUGAAAUCUGUGAAUUCCCCAAGAAUUGUUUUUGGGUUUUAAUUGAAUUUUCCCAGGAGAAAUUAACAGAAGUUUUUCAGCUGGUUGAUUUGGUUAGUUUUGAUAAAAAAAAUGGGCCCUAUUUUAUUGGGGAUUUCAUAUUUGAUCCAAUUGGGUUAAUUUUAGUUCAUGGGUUUGAAUGAAUUACAAUUUGGAAAUGGGUAGUAUAAGUGAAGAAGAAGAACAAUUUUUUGAUUCAAAGGAAUAUAUUACCCCUGUAUCUGAUUCAGGAUCAGAUUAUGUGGAGAAUUCUGAUUCAGAAUCAAAGAUUGGUGAGGAUAUGGGUAGAAAUUUUGGGUAUGAAAUUUGGAUCCGAAGUCCUGGAACAAUUGGGGAACGCCGCCAAAAGCUAUUUAAAUUGAUGGGUUUAGCUCCAACAUUAGGGAAUGAGGAAGAAGGGGAGGAUAGUGAAAGUUCUAAAAGGUUUGAGGAAGAGGUGUUUGAUAGUGCUAGGAUUAUGGAUACUAGUGGGACCGUUCUGAGGUCGAGUUUUAGGGGUUUGCAUUCGUCGAGUCAGUCUUCGGUGUCGUGUUGCUCAAAUGAUACCCAAGAUUACUUGGAUUUGGCAUUGGAUGAGAAUUUGAUCCGGAGGAUCAAGAAUUUGGAUGAUGGAUCGGAGUUCAUUGUGGAUGAACUUGGGCAAGAUGGGUUGUUUAGUAGACUUAGAGAAGUUGGCUCUAAUCGGUCGCUUAGUGGGGAGGAAUUCGAGAGGCUUUUAGGGGUGUCACAAUUGGUUCAGAGAGCGAUGAGACGAGAUGUUGGAUUGGCACCGAGUAGUAGUGUAGAAGGGAAAAGGAAAUCGAAAAGAGGAUGGUUGAGGAGAUUAGGCGUAGUGGCGUGUGUUGCCGGUGAGCAAUCGGGGAUAAAUCGGGUAGAAAGUGGCCUUGGUUUUUCGCCAUGUUUAAGACGUAAAGCUCACAGUGUUAGGGUUCGGACUUAUAGGAAGCGAUCCAAGGAAUUUUCGGCUCUUUAUAUGGGGCAAGAUAUUGUUGGACAUGAGGGUGCUAUCCUUACGAUGAAGUUUAGUCCCGAUGGACAACUUUUGGCAAGUGCCGGUGAAGAUGGCAUUGUCCGUGUAUGGCAAGUGGUCGAGUCUGAAAAGUCGGAAAUAGUUCAUAUGCACGACGUUGAUGCUUCACAUGUAUAUUUUACGACUAAUCAACUCGGAGAGUUGGUGCCGCUCAGUGUAGACAAAGAGAAAAAGGGAAGAUUGAAGAGCUUGAGGAAAUCAUCGGAAUCUGCUUGUGUCAUUUUCCCACAAAAAGUUUUUCAACUAGACGAGAAGCCGAUUCAUGAAUUCCAUGGUCAUCGCGAUGAAGUGUUGGAUCUUUCGUGGUCAAUUAACAAGUUUCUUCUAUCAUCCUCUGUUGACAAAACUGUUAGAUUAUGGAGAGUGGGAUCUCAGGAAUGCUUGAAAGUCUUUUCACACAGCGAUUUUGUUACAUGCAUUCAAUUUAAUCCGGUCGAUGAAAAUUACUUCGUUAGUGGCUCCGUUGAUGGUAAAGUUCGUGUUUGGAGCGUAUCAUCGUGUGGAGUUGUCGAUUGGACCGACCUAAAAGAAAUUGUUACGGCUAUUUGUUAUCAGCCUAAUGGAAAGGGUGCAAUUGUUGGCUCUAUAUCCGGUGAUUGUUACUUUUUUGAUAUAUCCGAUAAUCGGCUGAAAAUGACAAAUCAACUCUCGUUACAUGGUAAGAAGAAGGCGCCCUCAAAACGAAUAACCGGAUUUCAGUUUUCCCCCGGUGAUUCAACCAAGCUCAUGGUAACUACGGCUGAUUCCCAAGUCCGAAUUGUUAAAGGAGUUGAUGUAAUAUGUAAAUAUAAAGGUCUCCGAAACGCAGGAAGUCAGAUAUCUGCGUCAUUUACAUCCGAUGGAACUCACAUUGUCUCGGCAAGUGAGGACUCGUUUGUUUAUAUAUGGGACUGUACUAACUCAGACCGAGCCGUUUCCUCCCACUUCCGAAGUAAACGCUCAUGUGAGAGGUUUUUCUCGAACAACGCUUGUGUUGCUGUUCCAUGGCAAGGAACAACGAGCGCAACCAUUUUACCUUCUCUCUCGAAAUCAUCAGCAAAUCAUUCGGGAAUAAUGGUUAGAUAUACAGCCGAGAGCGGACUUGAACACCAACCGUCCAACGAUAGUUCACACCUCCGGACAUCAUUAUUCUCGGCUGAGACGAUUUCUUUGGGAUUAUCAGACCCGUUCUCUAGAGGGGUUGCAACAUGGCCCGAGGAGAACCUAACGAGCUCAAAUUCUUUGAUUGUUUCGUCAACAACAUGCAAAUCAGACUACAAGUUUUUGAAAAUAACGUGCCAGAAUAUGGCGGGUUCUCCUAACUCGUGGGGUUUAGUCAUUGUAACCGCUGGUUGGGACGGUCGAAUCAGGGUAUUCCAAAACCAUGGUUUACCGGUUCGCUUGUAAAUUCUCGAGGAGCUAUGUCAAAUGUCAAUGUAAAGCCCCUUAAUGGCGGAGUUUAUAAAUUUGAGGUUUUAUUGUAUAAAUGUAAAGUUUUUUUUUUUGGCCACACGAAAUAUAUAUUUUAAAAAAAAAGAUACUUUUUUAGAUUUUUUUUUUCCAAGAAAAAAAAAUGGUCUAGAGUAUAUAGUGCAAGAGUUACUACUAGCCAUGAAAAAUGAGGGUAUUUUUUGGGCAGAUUUUGUGGAAGGGGGAGGUUAGCUUCCAUACUUGUGAAUGGUGAGGAUCAAAUGUAGAAUCAUGGGAUUUGACUCAUUGUAGUUGACUAUGUUCUUUUUGUGUGGAGUAUGUCACAAUUAUUUUGACCAAAAUCCACUCAUGUUAAUUGUUAUGGUACUUUUUUUUUAUUAUUAUUUCUUGAUUCUUGAUGUUUUCUUAUAC